AUGAUCACUUCGAUGACGUAUGAGGCCCGAGCAAGGACGACCAACUCCCGCAAAAGGUCCCCAGUCGAAAAUGGUAGCCCUUCAGAUGACAAACUUCAACAUGCCAACGUCGGAGACAAGGUCAUGUCUUCGCAGUCAAAUGGUUUUAUGACAUCAAGCACCCAGCCAAAGAGACAACCUCGGCGCAGUAAAGGAUGCUUGACGUGCCGCAAACGCAGGGUCAAAUGCGAUGAGCAGCGACCAACCUGUGAGAGGUGCAGUAAAGGCUUUCACCCAUGCAAAUACGAUGACAACCUUGUAUUUGUGAAUCACUUACACGAUGCUGCAAAAACUGUCCGACCUGAAGAUCCUGAGUCCCGGUCUCUCAAUGCAUUGAUUCAAAGGGAAGACUUCAAACAAAUACCUGUCACAAUCGACUUACGUGGCUUUAAGACUGAAGUGGUCAUAUCAUUCUUCGUGAACAACUUGUUUGUCCUGGUCAAGUCACCUCUCGAAGACGGAUCAUCAAUCCUCAAUCUUUUCUCAGGCGAGGCAAACUCAACAGCAGGCAUGUCAGGCUUAUGUGUUGCAGAAGCCUUCUUCUCUAGUAUUCACGGUAUACCUGAGAUGAAGUUCCAUGCUUCUGCGCUAUAUGGACAAGCUGUACAAAGACUGAAUGCUGAUCUUGGAACGAGGACCGAGGCGUCGAGGUCUCUCCCUCAUGCCACCAUAUGGAGUGCGCUGUUCCUUGGCGUAUAUGAGAUGAUUUCUUCCGAUUCCAUGUCAAACUGGCUACAACACUGCCAUGGCGUCGCAGUAUUAACGGAAAUGGCAGGACCUUAUGGAUUCCAGAUGGACGCGGCUAAGCCCAUUCUGCAGAUCAACAGACCAUUCAUAUCUAUUGGGGCUAUGGCCAAUCGAAAGCGCACCUUUCUGGAACAGGAUGAGUGGAAGCAUAUACCAUGGGCAUUGCAACCCAUGUCCAAGACGAUUGGGGAUUUCCUACAAGAUAUUUUAUGCGACAUCCCUGGCAUGAUGGAAGACGUCGAUAAUCUUUUCGAUGCGAACAGUUGCCAGGUGUCUGCAAAUUUUGUAAGUCAAAAGCUGCAGGCUUCUUUUGAGCGGCUCAACUCUCUACGAAUCUCAUGGAAUUUCAUGCAUCCUCAUAGUUGCUGGAGACAGAAGAUGAUGUGCGAAUCAUCAGAACUAUAUCAUGACACACUGGAGCAAUUCCUAUACUUUUCUGACCUCGAAAGAGCCAUCGACUUUAUCUACUUCAACACAACUCACUUGAUGUUGCAUUCAAUAUUGGGGCGGUUGAUAUCAUUGCCCAACAGCUGUUGCGUAUUCGAUGCAGGUAUGUCUCCCGACGAAAACCACUUUCAAGAGGCAUCGGAACUCGUGUUCUGGAACCAUGAAAAUCGGUACCGCAACGCACAGGCGAUAUGCCAAUGCGUUGAUUAUAUGUUGCAGAACGAAGGCGGAGCAUCGGGAGCGUUCAAUCUGCUAUUCCCACUGAAAGUCGCUUAUAAUCACCUGAGCGGUUCUCGGAUCAUGCAAAAAUGGGUUGCAGGUGUUAUGGAAAAGAUAUCUACUACGAAAGGACUUUUCAUUGGGAUGCAGAUCCUAGAGAAAUAUUGA